GGAGGGCUGAUGUCACUCCAAAACUUACCUCACUCUCCUAAAGUCAACGCAGCGAGUACUAGCUCGCCUCCCGUUUUUCCGUUAAGUAUUCGUUCUUGUUUUACGGAUCAAAAAUAAUAAGAACAAACAACAACAGGAGGUGAAUUUAACUGAAGAGCAACACGAAGUGGUCCGCGAGAAGCAGCGCAGACGGAUUUAACAGCAGAACCCCGGCGGGACCUCAGACUCCCUCUCGCUCUUUGCGGGCAAAGGCGGCAGAUUUUUUUUAUUUUUAAAACUAUAACACAAAUAACAGAAAAAAUGAAUCGGAGCUUUAAUAAGUCGCAACCUUUGCGAAAUGUAGAUUGUAACGCCGUGGAAGUGAAAAGCAAGUAUGGGGCAGAGUUCCGCCGUUUCUCCCUUGAUCGCAUCAAGCCCGGCAAGUUUGAGGAGUUCUACAAACUUAUUCUGCACAUUCACCGUAUUGCAAAUAUGGAGGUGAUGAUUGGCUACGCGGAUGUCCACGGCGACCUGCUGCCAAUCAACAACGAUGACAACUUUUGCAAGGCCGUGUCGACAGCUCAUCCCCUGCUCAGGCUCUUCAUACAGAGACAAGAAGAGGUCGACUAUGCUAACUUUGGCACCAACACAAUAACUCGCAAGAAGAAGGCGGUGGUCGCUCUGCGCAACAACGACAUCAACCGCAAGCGGCCACACAUCCGCAUCGGCAUGCCCCAGGACUUCCGGCCCGUCUCUUCAAUCAUCGAUGUGGACAUCCUGCCUGAGUCUCACCGCCGCGUCCGACUGUAUCGCCACGGCUCAGACAAACCAUUGGGUUUUUACAUCCGAGAUGGAACCAGCGUGCGGGUGACGCCACACGGGCUGGAGAAAGUCCCCGGCAUCUUCAUAUCCCGGCUGGUGCCUGGAGGGUUGGCGGAAAGCACUGGUCUGCUGGCAGUUAAUGAUGAGGUGCUGGAGGUGAAUGGCAUUGAAGUGACUGGAAAGUCCUUGGAUCAGGUGACGGAUAUGAUGAUCGCCAACAGCCACAACCUGAUCGUGACGGUCAAGCCUGUGAACCAGCGCAAUAAUGUGGUCCGAAGCAGCAGGAUAUCGGGCAGCUCAGGACAAUCGUCCGAUAGCGGCGGGUCGACUGGUUAUCCAAGUCUGUCGGUGGCCUCCGUGGGAGUGAUGUCCUCGGGAGCACAUGGCUACCAAGAUGAUCUGGAGAGUGACGAGGACGCAGACAUUGUCAUCGAGAGCAGCAUCAAGCGGCCGUCUCAGAGAUCAAGUGCUUCCCUGGCGUCCACUGUGUCUCGCACACAACAGCAGACGCCAACAACAGUGACGGGCCUCGCAGCACCUCCCAGCCCUCCCACUCGUCCUUCGUCGGUCGUCUCCACUGCCUCCUUUCGCUCUCAGCCGAGCCUCAACGGAGGAACCCACCACAUUCACCACCACCACCACCAACAACAACACAGCAGCCUCAGCUACCAGCUCCACAGAGACCUGAACCUCCAGCACAGCCUGCACCAACAGUCCCAGCACAGUCUCCACCACGUACAGCCCCCGCAUCACAGUAGCAACCCAGCCCUCCGUCACAGCAAUGGCAGCCUGCACAAAAUCCUCAGCUCCCUGAAAACGGACCCACGGCACAGUCUCGCGCUGCCCAGGGGAGGGGUGGAGGAGGAUGGCACCGUCAUCACACUAUAAUACUCAGACCCACACACUCAGAGACUCCAACAUCCCAAACUGCUCAGAGACUUAAACUGGAACACCAGGCUGGAUACAUAUGAGCAGUGGGUUGUUGUUUUUUUUCCAGAUAUUAAUUCAGUAACUUGUAUUUGUUUUGUUUUUAUAAGAUCAUUGAUAAAAGGAAGUUUCAAGCCAGGAAUCAAGGAACAUGUAUAUAUUCUGUCUCUUUAAGAUUGUUUUGUCUUACAUGGAAAAAAAUGUGUACGUAUGUAUGUAAUAAGCAUCAGAACAAAUAACAGUUUUUAGGCGAGUCCACUGUAUCCGAGAGUUCUGAAUGUGCCCACAGCACGGCGUCUCCUGUUAGUGACCACUUUUACAAAAACCUUUUCAUUCUUAUUACUGGGACCAACUUUGGGUUGCUUUUGGAUGUUUUUAAAGAGUAAAUUUAUAUUUCUUAUAUUCUGAUACAUGCUGUGUAGAGUAUGAGUUUGUUUUUUUAAUAGGUCUUUUAUGCAUUGAUGCUUUUCGAUCAAAUUCUUGUAUCUGUUCCAAUAAAUUAUUCUCUCUGA